AUGCUAAACAUCCCCUUAACAAAAUCGAGAUAUUUUAAAGAACUGGCUUAUAUAAAAGACACCGCGAGAAAGAACGGAUACAACACUAACAUUAUAGACGCAAUAAUAAGGAAGAAACAGGCUGUCAAUAACAGGAAACAAUUGGCGUCGUUGCUAGGUAUCAAUGGCAAGACAACAGUGAGAUUGAGCAUUACAUACACCUUGUUGUGGCUCAGGAUCAGCAAUGCGCUUAAAGAAUUUAAAAUAGAGGUUGUCCCAACAAGAAGGCAGCACCAAAAAAUUAUAAUUCGACAUUAUGUGCAGGUGUUUGAUCUCGAUCAUAAAUUUAAGGAAUUUGAGGUCAAAAAUGAACCCGUUCGAGCUUAUGCGAAAGGAAGCAAAGAGCGAGAAGAACUGGAUGAGGAGAUUCAGAAACUUAGCAAUACAGAGACCUGUAUUCCAAUUGUGAUAGGGGAUCAGGAGAUUACGACUCGUGAUUAUGGUUACCAGCUGGUGCCUCAUUGCCAUUCUCACAAACUUGCCAAAUACUACAAGGCCGACUCGAAAACCAUUCAACGGGCCAUUUGUGCAGCUUUGGACAAACAGGUAGAAUGGGACCGAAUGCCUGUUUCAGACCGCAUUGAUAUCUUCCUGAAAGCAGCAGAUCUUCUCGCGGGGAAAUAUCGAACGCAGUUGGUAGCUGCGACGAUGUUAGGGCAGAGCAAGACUCCUUACGAGGCGGAAAUCGAUGCAGGAUGCGAGCUGCCUGAUUUUAUGAGAUUCCAUGCGUAUUUCUUGAACGAUAUUUUGAAGUACAGACCUAUAAGUAUUGAGGGUGUUACCAGGAACUCGAAUAGGCUACGUGGAUUAGAUGGUUUUGUGGCUGCAAUAUCACCAUUUAACUUCACUGCGAUUGCGGGGAAUUUGGCCUAUACGCCGGCCCUUUGUGGGAACACCGUCCUUUGGAAGCCAUCUCAUCAAGCUGUUCUGUCUAAUUACAUAAUCUUCCGGGCGAUGACUGAAGCCGGUGUUCCUCGUGGAGUCGUAAAUUUCAUUCCGUCGGAGGGAUCACUAUUUGGUGAUCGGACUACCGCAUGUGCUUGCCUGGGGGCCAUCAAUUUCACGGGAUCAAACGAAGUUUUCCGUCAUUUAUGGGGGCAAGUAGGUAAAAAUAUUACAAAACUCAACACAUUUCCGCGGCUUUUGGGCGAAUGCGGCGGUAAGAAUUUCCACUUUGUCCAUCCGUCUGCCAAUAUGUGUAACGUUUUGGCAACUACAAUAAAGUCAGCUUUUGAAUAUUCCGGUCAGAAAUGCUCAGCUUGUUCCAGGCUUUACGUGCCAGAGUGCAUGUGGUCCGAACUUAAGUCUGAAUUAGUGCGGGAAACUAAUAGUCUGAUUACUGGCGAUGUACAAGAUCCUAACACAUUUACAGGCGCGGUCGUUGAUAAACUUGCUUAUGAUAAGAUUGUUAAAGCCAUUCAGAGCGCCAAGAUCAAUAAAAAGAUGGAAAUUAUCGCUGGAGGAGAUUACAACGACCAUGUAGGAUACUUUGUCUGUCCCACUGUUAUAGAGACCAAGGAUCCUCUCGACAGAUUAAUGAAGGAGGAAAUUUUUGGGCCUGUUCUCAUGGUGUAUGUGUACAAGGAUAGUGAAGUCAAGAAAACUUUAGAAUUAGUGCGGACUACAGUGCCAUACGCCUUGACUGGAUCGAUUUUCGCUGAAGAUGAGAAAUUCAUAUGUGAGGCGCUGUUUGAACUCAAAUAUGCUGCAGGAAAUAUGUACUUGAAUUCAAAAUCUACCGGUGCUGUUGUUGGUCAACAACCCUUUGGUGGUGGCAAAUUGUCGGGCACAAAUGAUAAACCUGGUGGUCCACAUUACGUUUUAAGAUUUCUAUCAAUGCAGGCAUUGAAACAGGAUUUAAUUCUUGAUACGAAACUUCACCGUCCAGAAGAGAAGCGGAAAUGUUAA